GGAUACAAUUACAAGUAAAGCUAGUUUAGAAAGAAAUAAUGAAAAAGGGCCAAUUAAAAAAAAUGACAUAUAUGGAGUAUAUGAAAUUGGAGGACAUUUGGAUUUAGAACUCAUAUUAGGAGAAAUUUCAAAUGGACCAUUUAAUCGAUCUUCUCAGAUGCAAGUACAUAUUAAGAAAGACAGAAUUAAAUUAGCAAAAUGCGGAAAAGAUGCUCUAGAUUUUGUAAUUAAUAAGUAUGCAAAAUCACAUAAUUAUGAUGAUUUGGUAAAAAUGCAAAAAAUCAAGGUUUAUUUAUUACAUGCACAUGAAACUGUUUUAGAAUUGUUUAUUAUUGAUAGAAGCAUCGCACCGUUGUAUCGGAUGAGAAGAUUAGGAAUUGUUGAAAUUCCUUUUAAGAAUAACUCA